AUGGUCUCAUCACGUACUGUAGGGGGACCUCUAACUCUAGUUCUUCUAAUGUCUGAUGGUUUCAUUGUCAUGAUCAUGUAAUCAGUCAUGUUCACAGUGAGGUCCUAUGAGCAAGCUUUACAGUACAGGCUUCCUGCCACUCCCUCUAACACUCUCACUAUCCACCACCCUAAAGGAAACAGGAUACUACAACAUCAGCCCCUCUCCUUUCACCUCAGAGCUUCAUCCAGGAGACACUCAUAUCACUCCUCCACUGAGGCUUCCUCAUCAUCAUCGUCUUCCUCAGCAUCUUCAUCAUCAUCAUCUUCUCCUUCAUCAUCAUGUUCAGAGUUCUGAUUCACCUGGCAGCUCUACCACUCUGGGUGACAGGUAUUAAAUCACUUACGAUGAGAAGCCUAACAAUUCUACGAAUGUCAUCAAACUGAAUAAAAUAUCCUCUCUCUCUCUCUCUCUCUCUCUCUCUCUCUCUCAUCUCUCGAUCUAUCUAUCUCUCUCCUCUCUCUCUCUCUCUCUCUCUCUCUCUCUCUCUCUCUCUCUCUCUCUCUCUCUCUCUCUCUCCACAGGAGAGUCGUUUAGUGGCAUGGUUAAUCAGAGCCCUGUUGCACUAAUAGAAGGACCUGGAGGAAACGUUCAACUCACCUGCAGCCAUGCUAUCCCUAACUACUACAGUCGUGGUGAAAAGUUUUGAGAAUGACACAAGUAUUGGUCUUCACAAAGUUUGCUGCUUCAUUGUUAUGAGAUAUUUUUGUCAGAUGUUACUAUGGUAUACUGAAGUAUAAUUACAAGCAUUCCAUAAGUGUCAAAGGCUUUUAUUGACAAUUACAUUAAGUUUAUGCAAAGAGUCAAUAUUUGCAGUGUUGACCCUUAUUUUUCAAGACCUCUGCAAUCCGCCCUGGCAUGCUGUCAAUUAACUUCUGGGCCACAUCCUGACUGAUGGCAGCCCAUUCUUGCAUAAUCAAUGCUUGGAGUUUGUCAGAAUUUGUGGGUUUUUGUUUGUCCACCCGCCUCUUGAGGAUUGACCACAAGUUCUCAAUGGGAUUAAGGUGUGGGGAGUUUCCUGGCCAUGGACCCAAAAUGUUGAUGUUUUGUUCCCCGAGCCACUUAGUUAUCACUUUCGCCUCAUGGCAAGGUGCUCCAUCAUGCUGGAAAAGGCAUUGGUCGUCACCAAACUGUUCUUGGAUGGUUGGGAGAAGUUGCUCUCGGAGGAUGUGUUGGUACCAUUCUUUAUCCAUGGCUGUGUUCUUAGGCAAAAUUGUGAGUGAGCCCACUCCCUUGGCUGAGAAGCAACCCCACACAUGAAUGGUCUCAGGAUGCUUUACUGUUGGCAUGACACAGGACUGAUGGUAGUGCUCACCUUGUCUUCUCCGGACAAGCUUUUUUCCCGGAUGCCCCAAACAAUUGGAAAGGGGAUUCAUCAGAGAAACUGACUUUACCCCAGUCCUCAGCAGUCCAAUCCCUGUACCUUUUGCAGAAUAUCAGUCUGUCCCUGAUGUUUUUCCUGGAUAGAAGUGGCUUCCUCGCUGCCCUUCUUGAUACCAGGCCAUCCUCCAAAAUUCUUCACCUCACUGUGCGUUCAGAUGCACUCACACCAGCCUGCUGCCAUUCCUGAGCAAGCUCUGCACUGGUGGUGCCCCGAUCCCACAGCUGAAUCAACUUUAGGAGACAGUCCUGGUGCUUGCUGGACUUUCUUGGGCUCCCUGAUGCCUUCUUUACAACAAUUGAACCUCUCUCCUUGAAGUUCUUGAUGAUUCGAUAAAUGGUUGAUUUAGGUACAAUCUUACUAGCAGCAAUAUCCUUGCCUGUGAAGCCCUUUUUGUGCAAAGCAAUGAUGACGGCACGUGUUUCCUUGCAGGUAACCAUGGUUAACAGAGGAAGAACAAUGAUUUCAAGCACCACCCUCCUUUUAAAGCUUCCAGUCUGUUAUUCUAACUCAAUCAGCAUGACAGAGUGAUCUCCAGCCACUGACACUCUCACCUGUGUUAACGAGAGAAUCACUGACAUGAUGUCAGCUGGUCCUUUUGUGGCAGGGCUGAAAUGCAGUGGAAAUGUUUUUUGGGGAUUAAGUUCAUUUUCAUGGCAAAGAGGGUCUUUGCAAUUAAUUGCAAUUCAUCUGAUCACUCUUCAUAACAUUCUGGAGUCUAUGCAAUUUGACAUCAUAAAAACUGAGGCAGCAGACUUUGUGAAAAUUAAUAUUUGUGUAAUUCUCAAAACUUUUGACCACGACUGUACAAGCUGGCGAGCUCUAUAGGAUAGAAUAUAAUAUCUAAAGAGCUGAUGGUCUCAUCAUGUCCUGUAGGGGGACCUCUAUCUUUAAUAAUGUGAACGUCUCUACAGUCUUAACCAGUCAUUUGCAUGAUGUAUUCAGAUCAUCAGUGUCCCUCCCACUUCACUGACAUGUUCAAUAUGGUGAAACCUGCCGUGGUCUACUGAUUGUCAUCUAUUCAUCUAUGUGACACUCCUCUUUUAUUCUGUACAUUGAUACCAGACUCUUUCCAGCACUCUCACAUAUAACGUGAUCAAACAUGUUCACAUUUCUCUUCACUGUUACUGUCUUAGUGCUCUGUGCUGCAGGUACAGUUUCAUAAUGUUUCAUUUAUUUAACCAGGAAAGUUGAGAAGUAAAUUGUUAUUUACAAUGACGGCCUUCUAUAGUUAUAGAUAUUGAUGUUUCCAAGCAUACGUUCACUUCACCUGAGUCUUGAUGUAUUCAGGUCUAACUGUAUCUAACUCUAUUGAUUUAAUUCUCACUGUAUCCUUACAGGUCUUGUUGUGGGGAGUGAAGUCACUCAGACACCCACCAUACUCUGGGGACUGAAAGACAGUGAUGCUCAGAUGAACUGCAGUCACACUAAGGGUGUAAACUACUACCAGAUGUACUGGUACAGACAGCGUCCAGGAGAGGGAAUAAAGCAGGUAGCCUUCACUUCUCCCAAUUCCAAAUCUGAGUAUUCAGGGGAUUUCAGUGAAGACAAAUAUCAUUUGGGGAUUUAAUUUUUCAUUUUCGGGCAAAGAGGGUCUUUGGCAAUUUAAUUGCAAAUUUCAUUUUUUUGGGGAAAUCUUUUUCUCUUUAAAAAAAUUUUUUCGGGAGUUUGGGGCAAUUUUUUUUUUUUUUUUUUUUUUUUUUUUUUUUUUCCAUCCGGCCGCGGCUUUAAAAAUUUAUAUUUAAACCCAAAAUUUAAAAGGGAAAUGUUUUAAAGGGGGAAAUUUUUAAUAAAAUUCUAUCAAAGAGCUGAUGUUUCAAUUCCUGUGUCUAAAUCUUUAAAUUUUAACCCCCCUCACAUCUUAACAGUCUUUUUUGUAAAUUCCAACCCCGGGCCCCCAAUUGGGGACUAAAAAGUGCCUCCGUGGAACUGGUCAACACUAAGGGUUUUUUUUUGGAAUUAAAGAUUUUCAGACUCCAAAAAUAAGGAAAAAGAAAUUUCCUUCACUUUUUUCCAAUUCUUCUGAAAAAUUUUCAGGGUUUCAUAAACCCCAAAAUUAUAAAUUGUUAAAAGACGGCCCCUAAUUUAUUUAAUUUUGAGGGGAAGAAUUUUGGGGGAGAAAAGGGAAAUUUUGUUAAUUUUUGGAUUUGGGUAAAGGGGGGGGGAAUAAGACAAAUACCACAAAAAAAGGGAUAAAAGGGGGCUUUCCGGGGAAGAAGGGGGGGAGGUGGGGGGAAAAUUUAUUUUGGGGAAAAAAAUAACAAAGAAACGGAAAAAAAAAGAGGGAAAAGGAGGGAAAAAAGGGCCCCGGGGCCCACCCCCCCCCAGGGGGAGGGGAAGGGGAAGGAGCCCCAAGAAGAGAGGAAGAGGGGUAAAGAGGGGGGGGGGGGGGAGAGAGGGGGAGGGGGAGGAAAAAAAGGGAAAGAAAAAGAAGGGGGGCCAAAAAACCCGGAAGGGAGAGAAGGAGAAAAAAGAGAGAAAAAAACAAAAAAAAGGGGGGAGAGAAGGGAGAGGGGAAGCGAGAGGGAGGAGGGAGAGGAAAGGGGGAAAAGGGGGGAAAAAAACCCCCGGAAAAAAAAAAGGGGGAAAAAAAAAUAAAGGGAAAAAAAAAAGGGGGGAAAAAAAAAGGGGGGGGGCGGGAGAAGAAGGAGGGGGAGAGGGGGGGAAAAAAGAGAGGGGGAGGAGAGAGAGGGGGGGAAAAGGGAAGAGGGGGAGAAAGGGGGGGGGGAAGAGGGGGGUUUUUUUUUUUUGAAAAAAACCCCCCCCCAACCCCCCCUCCUUUCCCCCUCUCCCCUGCCCCCCUCUCUUUUCCCUUUUGGCCCCUCUUCUUCCCUGCCCCCCUCUUUUCCUUCCCCUGUCCCUCUCUCUCUCCCCCUCCCCUGCCCCCCCCCUCUCCCCCCCCUUUUUGUCCCCCCCUCUCUCUUUCCCCCCCCCCCCCUCUCUCUCUCGCUCUCUGUGCCUCUCCCUUCUUUCUCUUCCGUAACCUCCCCCUUUCUCUCCCCUGCCCCACUUUCCCCCCUGCCCCCCUCUCUCUGUCACUCUCACUCUUUUUCCCCCGUAACCCCCCCUUUCCCCCCUCCCCCCAUCUCCCCCCCUGCCCCCCCCUAUCUCUUGUCACUCCCUCUUUCUCCUCCGUAACCCCCCCCCUCUUUUCCCCCUCCCCCCCCAUUUUUCCCCCCUGCCCCCCCCCCUCUCCCUUCCCUCCCCCCCCCCUCUCUUGUACUCUCUGCUUUCUUUCUCUAUUCCAUCGCCCAGUGGGGACUCAUCUGACCAGGCUUUCAUCACGUAAAGUCCACCAGGUUCUCUCAGCACUAUUGGGAAGCCCCAAUGUUACAGUUAUUCAAAUGCGCCAUAGUACAGUUUUACAACACUAUAUUAUGGUACCAGCAGUCAAUAGCAUAUAGUCUCAAACUGAUUGGAUAUGUGUAUUUUAAAGUAGGGCGUUUAAGGGUUUUUUAAAAAAGCCUUUGAAAAAAAAAGGAAUGGAAAAGAAAGAAGCAUUUUUCAGUUCUGUUCUGACCCGAAGGACGUGAGGUAUUUCUGUUUUGACCGAAAACAGGGGGGUAUUACGUUUGACCCGAAGACGUGCAGUGUAUUUUUGUUUGACCCGAAGUCAGGCAGUGUAUAUGUUCGACCUGAAGAAGUGCAGUUUGUUUCGUUUCUGCUGAAGUCAGUGCAGUGUAUUACUGUUCUGACCCGAAAACAGUGCGUGUUUACGUCUGACCCGAAGACAUUUUUAGGUAAGUUUUGACCCGAAGAAGUGCAGUGUAUACUGUCUGACCGAAGACAGUAGUUGGGUUUUGUUUGACCCGAAGACAGUGCGGUAUUCCCUGUGCUGCCUGAAGACAGUGCAGUGAUUACUGUUUGACCUGAAAACAGGCAGUGUAUAGUUUUGACCCCGAAGACAGUGCAGUUUUUAUUACUGUUUGACCUGAAGAAGUGCGGGUUUUGUUUACCUGAAGACAGUGCAGGUUUAUGUUUGACCCGAAGACAGGCCGUGUAUUAGUUUGACCCGAAACAGGCAGGUAUUAUGUUUUUGACCUGAAAAACAGUGCAGUGUGUUACUGUUCUGCUGAAGACAGGGGGGUUUACGUUUUUGACCUGAAGACAGUGCAGUGAUUCUGUUUGACCUGAAGACAGUGCAGUUUUGACGUUCUGACCCGAAGAAGUGCAGUGAUUAGUUUGACCUGAAAAUCACCAGGAUGAGGGUACCUUCUUCUUUCCAAAAACCCCCCUUUAUCCCUUACUCCUAAAUGCGUUACAAACAACACCCAGCAGACCUGCUAUCACCCCUUUUGGGAGAGUUGAGCACAUGGGGAAGUUGUUACAACCUUAUACCAAAUAAUGUGGGUUGUUUUUUUUUGAAGAACGGUUUUUGGGGAUUUCUUUAAAUUACAGCCCCAUUUUGGUGUUGAUUUCUGCAGAAUUAAAACAAGAUCAAAAACAAAGACUAAAAAAGACAAAUACUUUCAAUGAUGUAGUUACAGGUAUGUUCCACAAUACACCUUUAAAUUGUACAGGAGACCUGUAGGUGAACAAACAAGGUAUCUGCUUGAAUAUCAACAUAAGUUCUGUCAUCAAAGUGAUGUAAUUUCCUUCCCCUCCGGCAACUCAGUUCAGCGUCUCUAUUGACUUAUUUAAUUUGUACAUUUUAGUCAUUUAGCAGACGCUCUUAUCCAGAGCGACUUACAGUUAGUGUUUUUUUCUUCUUCAUAUUUCAUAUUGGCCCCCAUGGGAAUUGAAUCCACAACCCUGCCGUUGCAAACGCCACGCUCUACCAACUUAGCUACAUCCCUGCCGGCCAUUCCCUCCCCUACCCUGGACGACGCUGGGCCAAUUGUGCGCCGCCCCAUGGGUCUCCCGGUCGCGGCCUGCUACGACAGAGCCUGGAUUAGAACCAGGAUCUCUAGUGGCACAGCUAGCACUGCGAUGCAUUGCCUUAGACCACUGCGCCACUCGGGAGACGCGUUUCCUCUCACCCCUAUGGACUCUGGUCUAAAGUAGUGCACUAUAAAGGGAAUAGGGUGCCAUUUGGGAUGCAGUAUACAUUUGACACUCCCACUAGCUGACAACACAUCUCUGACUAUCUGAAAACCCUUUCUCCUUGUCCAUGUGACACUUCUCUCCAGAACCAUCAACAUGAUCACGCUCCUCAUACAAGUAGCAACUCUACUACUAUGGGUGACAGGUACUAAGUCCCUCAUGAAAUAUAUAUUUACUACUGAAGUAUGUUGCUACUGUAUAUUUCAUAUUGUCUGUUUUCAUCCACAGGGCUGUCACAAACAGACAAAGUUCACCAGACUCCUACUGAAAUACUAAAAAGACCUGAAGAUAAAGUUCAGCUCAGCUGCAGCCACAAUGUUUCAAACUACUACAUGAUACUGUGGUACCAACAGUCAGCCCAAAACACUGCUCUGAAACUCAUUGGGUAUGUGAGAUACACCAGUCCAAUGGUGGAAGAUUCCUUUUUAAAGAGCGUUUUUAAUGUGAGUGGAGAUGGUGCAGCUAACAAAAUGGCGUAUCUACAUAUUCCCAAACUGAGAGAAGCUGAAGACAGUGCAGUGUAUUUCUGUGCUGCUAGUGAUGCACCGUGUUUCACUAUACCCUCUCUCCUCUACAAAAACCCUCUCUGAUCCUCUCAUAUAAUACUGACUACAGCUCUAUACACCUGCACCUGUCUUCAACCACUUCAACAACACUUUGCUAUGAACCAUUUGAUAUCAAACAGAUGGUAAUGAUACUGUUAUAAGUGGCUGGUUUAGAUGAUUUAGGUGCACUUCCUCAGUUCUCCAGCAGGAGGAGGUGUUUCUCCACACAUAUUUAGAAGCGGCUGUAUAAGUGGCACUCUAUGGGCCCUGGUCAAAGGUAGUGCCCUAUAUGGGGAUAGGGGUCAUUGGGAUGAAAGCUUUUUAAAGCUGGCUCGCCCUACGACCCUUUCCCCACGAGGCGGCUGCCCUACCCCUACUCCACUAGGGGCCCGGCCGCCCUAGUACCUCCCCCAGGGGGCCUGGUCACCACCGUACCUCCCCCAGGAGGCCUGGCCGCCCCCACCGUAUCUCCCCAGGGGGGCCCGGCUCACCCACCGUACCUCCACGGGGCUGGGCCCUACCGUCCUCCCCUAGGGGGCUGGUCACCCUACCGUACCUCCCCAGGAGGCCUGGUCACCCUUCCGUACCCCAUGGAGGCCGGCUCACCUACCCCUACCUUCCCCACGAGGCUGGCUCGCCCACGUACCUCCCCCUAGGGGGCUGGUCACCCACCUACUCCCAGGAGGCCGGCUCCCCCUACCGAUCCCCUAGGAGGCCUGGUCGCCCUACCCUACCUCCCAGGAGGCCUGGUGCCCUACGUACCUCCCCUAGGAGGCCUGGCUGCCCCACC